AUGAUUAUAGGGCCGACUAUUGUAAAUUCAACUGUUUCAAGUGCAUUGACUAAUUAUAGUGAUCAAUAUUUUCGAACUGGAAAUACGAACUUAUACUACUAUCAAGCAAUUAAUAUCAUUGUGAAUACGACAGGCAAUUACACUAUUACAAGCAACAGCACUGUUGAUACAUAUGGCUGCUUAUACAAAAAUAGCUUUAAUAAAACAAGAUUGGCAUUUAAUCGAGUCGCACAAAAUGAUGAUAGUGGCGGUAACCUGCAGUUCAAACUGACAUAUGUUCUUCAGGCUGGAACAAAAUACAUUCUUAUAGUAACAACGUAUAGUCCGCUAAUCUAUGGACCAUUCUCAAUAACUGUAAGUGGUUCAGCUUCUGUAGGUUUUCAUCUAAACACUAUUGAAAUACAACCUUCUUCGUUGGCAACAAGCAUACAAACCAGCCCAACAACUACAACAGCUAGCAGAACAAUGACAACCACCAGCAUGACAACUACAACCGCCAGCAAGACAACCACAACCACCAGCAAAACAACGGCAACUACCAGCAUGACAACUACAACUACUAGCAUGACAACUACAACCACUAGCAAAACAAUGACAACCACCAGCAAAACAGCCACAACCACUUGCAGAAUAACGACAGCUAGUUCAACUAGUAAGCAAACUAAAUAA